UGCUGCCAUCAUGGCUGCCGGGGGUUGGCCAGAUUGUGUGCAGAGUUUAAAAGGUGUUAUUCUGGACAUGUGUGGAGUUUUAUAUGACAGCGGAGAGGGCGACGGGGUGGCAAUACCCGGUUCGGUUGAAGCUGUCAAAAGGCUGAAGGCGUCGAACCUGCAGCUUCGCUUCUGCACCAACGAGACCCAGGCCUCCAGAGAGAAGUUUGUGGCCAAGCUGCAGAGACUGGGCUUUGACAUCUCAGUGUGUGAGGUUUUCUCUCCUGCUCCUGCAGCCGUGUCUGUCCUCAAACACAGAGGUCUGCGGCCCCACCUGCUGGUGCACGACGGUCUCCUCCCAGAGUUUGACGGCGUCGACAAAACCAACCCAAACUGCGUUAUCAUCGGAGACGCAGCCGAAAACUUCUCAUACCAGAACCUGAACGAUGCCUUCAGGGUCCUCAUCGGGCUGGAGAAGCCGGUGCUGUUCUCCUUAGGCCAAGGGAGAUACUACAAGGAGACAGACGGACUGAAACUGGAUGUCGGAGUUUACAUGAAGGCUCUGGAGUACGCCUGUGAUUUAGAAGCUGAAGUCAUUGGAAAACCAUCUGCAGCUUUCUUCAACAGCGUCCUCAGUGACAUGGGAAUUCAACCACAGGAGGCGCUGAUGAUCGGAGAUGAUCUGGUAAACGAUGUGGGCGGAGCUCAACGCUGUGGAAUGAAAGGCGUACAAGUACGGACCGGAAAGUACAGACCCAGCGACGAGAAACACCCAACUGUGACAGCCGACGGCACCGUGGAUGACCUGGCCCGAGCCGUGGACACGAUCCUGAAUCAGAGGGGACAGUGAAGGCACCACGCACACAGUCGCAGUCUCAUGUUAACCCCAGCUGAUGCAGGCCGGGUCCAGAUAGUACGUCAGAAUAGGUGCUAAAUCAGGAGUGGUAGACUCAUUUUAGUUCAGGGUUACUUUACUUUAUUUCUUAUCGGACAGGGACAAUAUACAACAGGGGUCUAAAACAUGCGGCCUGCGGGCCAAAUGCGGCCCGCCAAAGGUUCCAAUCUGGCCCGUGGGAUGUUUUGGCAAAGUCAAAAAUUCCACAGUCUGGAAUUGAAUUAAGCAAAAAAAAAAAAAAAA